AUCCGUGGGAAUUACGUCUGUCCGGACAAUCGACUCUCCGGCGAUUGAUUUCAUCUCCCAUGGCCUCCGAUUCGAGUGGAAAUUCAAAAUUUGGUUUCGCAAUCGCAGUUUCCUCGGCACUCGCCGCCAUUUCUGCAUCGGCCGCCGUCUCCUGGUACUUGUGCAAGAGGAAGUCGAGAGAGCUGGAAUCGACGAUAAGAGAGCUCGAAGCGUCGCUCAAGUCCUCGUCGGACAAAUGCGCUGCCGAGAGGCGAGGCCGCAUCAGGGCUCAGCAGGCUUUAAGGAAAGCUAUAGCACAACCUCGGUUGGAAGAUUCUGAGGUUACUUCUUAUCCAAUGAGACCUAUUGGCAUUGUCAGGUCUUGCUUUUCUACCAGGAAUGGCACACCGAGGCAGCCUUUAAUUGUGCCCCUUGCAAGAGCUUGUUUGGUAUUUGAUGCAUCUCGAGUCCCUCCAGCAUCACUUGAGGGCCUUGAAGGAUAUUCUCAUUGCUGGAUUAUAUAUGUUUUCCAUCUCAAUACGGAUUUGGAGAAGUUGUGGAAGGAGACAUCUAGGUCAAAGUUCAAGGCAAAGGUCAGGGUGCCCAGACUAAAAGGUGAAAAGGUUGGAGUCUUUGCUACAAGGUCUCCACAUCGACCUUGCCCUAUAGGGCUAACUGUUGCAAAGGUGGAGACUGUCAAGGGAAACACAGUUUCACUCUCGGGCGUGGAUCUGGUUGAUGGAACCCCAGUUCUGGAUAUCAAACCUUAUCUCUCAUACUGUGACAGCCUCCCAGGAUCAAGAGUACCGUCCUGGGUAAUGGUUGACAGUUCACUAGCAGUUGCUUCCGUGAACUUCUCCAGUCAUUUCUCUUCAAAACUAGCUGAUUGCUGGGCAGUUGCGGGAAAGAGUUCGAUGUAUGCAUCACCAGAAGAGCUUCAGAAGUUGAUCAAGGAAGUCCUUUCCUGGGAUAUACGAUCAGUAUCUCAGAGAAACCAAACAAAUGAUUUGCCUGUUAAGGAAAUUAAUGGCAAGGCAUCUGAUAUAAGUUCGGACCCGGACGACCUGCAUGAAGAUGGUUCUGAUGGACGUGAGAAGGCACCUCUGCAUUGCACGGAUAUAGUUUAUCACCUUGUUUUGGAAAGAUUCGAUGUCUUGUAUAGGAUCGAUUCCGAUGGAAAUGUGUUUGUGGAGAAAGUCACACUUCCCUCAGACAUCCCAGAUAAUAACAAUGAGAAUAUCAGAAACCAACACGAAGAAUGACUUGGACAACUAGGUUGCUUCAGGAUUUUGGUAAUGCAAAUGGAUGAUUUGCUUGGAUUAGGGUUCAUUCCAUUUCCACAUCUGGAGCUUGGAGGUUCCUGUUUCUCUCGAUGUUUCAUGUUUCAAUGGCUAUUUCACUUUAGAUCCUGUCGGUGAGGUUUUCUACUUCUGUUCAAUAUGUCUAUUCACUUUGCAAACCAACCAGAAGGCAGAAAAAAAAAAUAGAACCAAAUAAAUAAUCCGAAGUAUACAUGGAGGGUACUACGAAUAUGCUGAGUCAUACUA